AGUAAAAAUUCAUAGAGGAGAAACACCGAAAGUGAAGUGACACCCGGUGUUAAAGUUUUGAACGUUGAUAAUUUUGAAAUUGAUUAAUUUGUAUAAACAUGGGUGAUGUGCUUCUGUUCGUGUUUUCUGUUUUUGAUACUGGAGCUUUAUUAUUAUUAACUGUUUAUGUUGUAAUUGCUCUUUCAGAUUUGGAAUGUGAUUAUUUAAAUGCUCAACAAUGUUGUUCAAAAUUAAAUAAGUGGGUCAUACCAGAAACAGUAGCACAGGGAAUUAUUUCUGUUUUACUACUAAUCACUUUUCAUUGGUUCCUUUUUCUUUUAAAUAUUCCUAUGACUUCCUGGCAAAUUUACAAAAUCCUCACCAUACCUUCAGGAAAUUUUGGAGUAUACGAUCCAACGGAGAUUCAUAAUCGUGGAAAUUUAAGGAAACAUAUGAGAGAUUCCAUGAUACGAUUAGCAUUUUAUUUGAUCUUCUUUUUUGUUUAUCUUUACUGUAUGAUCAUCGCAUUGCUGACGAAAUCUCCCGGAAACACCGCGACCGAACUCUAAAUCAAAAUUUGGUCAAAUUUUCUCUUUGUAUCCUCACGUACGUGCAUUAGAUUGAAGACUUUUCUAUGUAUCGUAAAAUGAAUCGGCUAUUUUUACUUCCCAAAGUUUUGUGCCAAUUAGUGUACGUAUGAAUAAUAAAAUAACUUAAUUUUUAUAUAUAAAAGUAAAUAUUAUAUAUUGGUAUUCGCAUAUCAGUUUCCGUGCAUUCGUCGUCGUUAAUAUCUAAUUAUUUAUCAUUUCUUAAUGGCAGUUAUAUAUUUGUAAUUUAUAUUCCAAUCCAAUACUUUGUUGUAUUACCUCACGGCAUAAAUAUUUGUGAAGAGUGUGAUUUGUUGUAAUGAUGUUAACUAGACAACCGACAGCUUAUAGAGAAGAAAAAUUAAUUUUAAAAUGCCAUAAUAACAAAAUACAGUACUUUAAAGUUCAAACAGCAGUUUUGUUAAAUUCAAAGAAAAGAUUUCUUCAUAAAAUAGUAUGUUAAGUGCCUUAACAUAUCAAAUAAAAUUUGAUAAAAGCAAAUGACUUUUGUAUAAAAUUUGCACGAUAAACAUCUCGACAAGGACAAAAUUUAAAGUGUAUUACAAUGUUUUGUCAGUCCACAUUGUACAGAUUGUCAAAUGACUAUAUUUUGCUCAAGUGCAGCUAAGGUUUGUCAAAAUAUUAAAGUUUUCCAAUUACACUCUGCCUCUAUAAUUAAAGUUUAUAAAGCAAACAAUUCCCUGCAUCUAUACUUUCCGAAAUAAAAUAUUUAUAACUGAAACACGAAGUCGGUCGCAGGAAAAAAAAAAUCAUUUUUAUCUUCUCUGCAAAUGUUUUUUACGACUUCGAAAAGUUUGGUCUGUGCAAUAUUUUAUGAUUUCACAUUUUUACGAUCAUUUUUAUUACUUGCUUUUUUAUAAUUUGAAGCAAAAAGAUAAAUUCAUAUAAUUAAUAUAAACACUAAAAUAGUGUGGUUGAGAUUACAGGAUGAUCUCAAUUUAUUCGUUAACCACUUGCUAUUGAGACCUUAGCGGACAAUUAUUGAAAAAAGAAACACGACGUCAAGUUUUUUUUUACGUGUAAACAGUUUAAUCGUAAUAUAAAAUUUGUAAAAUUACUCCUUAGAAUAAUUUAUAAUUGCAACUUUUAUGUACUUCAUAGUACAAUUGAAGAAGGUCAAACUAGUAAUUUGGGAGAAAUGCAUAUUGUAAAAAGAAGUAUGUUAUUAAAUAAAACAUCUUUCUAAAAGCAAUAAUUGUCACUAAGGUCUCAAUAGUAAGUGGUUAGCAAAUACAGUAGAGCAUCAAUUAUCCGAAACAAUUCAAGACAGGUUUUUUGUAUAACUGAUCAUUUAUGAAAAAUAUAUUAAACAAAACUAUACUGUAUAUAAUUUGUAUCACACGUCUUACAAAUAAUACCUUACAUAAUGUAGUACAUUAAAGUAUGCCUACAGUUUAGGUUGACAGGGACAUAAGGUCCAUCCUAACAUCCCUGCCAACCUAAGGGGGAGAGUGCUGCAACACCACAGCGCUAGUGGAAAUUUGAAUUUGCCGACUGGAACACUUUCGGUUAACCGAUGUUUCGGUUGAUCAGUAUUCGGAUAAUCGAUGUUCUACUGUAAAUUGCAUCAUCCCUUAAUCUCACACUAAAAUAGUGUUUAUAUUAUUUAUUACAAAUAAAUCAUCCCUCAUUAUGUUCACAAUAUUUGUUAUUGGUAACUAUCACUUAAUAAAUUCAUAUAUUUUUAAUCUAAUAUCUAUUAAUAUGUAGAAUUAUAAAAAAUUUGAGAGGGUUUGGAAAGUAUUGAUGACAUUCAAAAAGAAAAAUAAAAUUUUUAAGUUUGUGUGUUUACAUUUUUACACAGUUUUUUAAUACGCUUCAUACAAAUAUACAAAGGAAUGAUCUAAAGCAGCGAUACACCUUUUAUGGAUGCGCGAGUGAAGUGAUUUUCAGCAGGACGUGCAUUUUUUUUUCCUUACAGAAUUGCAGUCUUUAAGCCUGCAAAGUACCAACUUACUCCAUAACUUCUAAAACACUACAUACUAAAUUAUAUUUGCUAAUGACAGCAAACUAGUGAUAUAUACUUCAUGCUUUCACCGAUCAAGUUUAGUCCGAACAUUCGUCGUCACACAUAUCAGCUUAAUUUUUAUUGCGUAAUGACAAGGCAGAAACGGAAAAAUAAAAUUAUGUUUUCAAACUCAUAGGUUGCUCAAAAACUUUUACAAAUUUUGUCAAAUAACUUUCCCGUAUUCGGGCUAGAAAUUGUGUCGAGUUUAUAAUUUUUUAAAAUAUUUUUAUUAUGUAAUAUUACUCAAUACGUUGAUGAUCAAUAAAUUAUACUGUUUACAUCAUUUUAAAAACUGAGCUAUAAUUAAAUGCCAAAAAUGUUGUCGUUCUUUUAAUCCAUUGUUUCUGAUUGUGUAUGUUGGUCUAAUCACCGAAUGUAUUUUUUGAAUUUUGUUUUGGGCUCUAUAAAUUCAAACUUGGAAAGCAAGAUGUGCCAGUCUUCAAUUUUUAGUUUCUUUAAUAAGAGUUGUGAUGCUUCUCAACCAGUUUGAAACAGUUUCAAGUUUUCAUUUAUUACUAUUGUAUUUUUGAUGUAAAAUUAAAUUUUUUUAUUUUACAAUGUA